AUGGCGUACUCCCCGUUGACGCCGUUCAGUGAAUACCUGCAAGUAGAGCAGAGCAAAUAUCCAGAGCUCACGUUUGACGAUAUUCAAAAGUUAAAGGAGAGCUUAGAGGAUGAUCAGACUUUGCCACCUAUAUCGGACAAAAAAUAUUUAGCAUUUCUACACAGCUGUAAUUUUGAUAUAGAAUUAGCCAAAAAGACCAUUAAGAGAUGUUACCAGUUUCACUUCAGAAUUCCACAAGUGUUUUGUGAAUUGGACCCAUUAGCCGAUGAUAUAGAAUUAAGUUAUAAUUGUUUGAGCAUUUGUCAAAUGCCGACUGUCAACACUGACAAAAAUGAUCGAGUGCUAUUUAUGAUGUUUCAAGAUACCAAUCACGAGAUAUUUGAAUACUUAUCACUUUUCAAAUACCUCACUAUGUGGAUGAACUAUACGCUAUUGAAGUACGGCACGUGCGACGGAAUGGUUAUCGUAAUAGAUACCAAGGGGCUAAGUUGGCGUCACAUCGUAAAAAUACCAAUUGGAAUUGCUGGUAAAAUGUUGAAAUUUUUGGAAGUUGGUCUACCAGUUCGUUUAAAAACCGUACAUGUUUUGAAUGCUGGGUCGGCUACGCAGAUGAUAAUGAAAAUGGUUACACGAUUUGCUAAUCAAGAAUUAUUAGAAAAGAUAAUACUUCAUCCAGUCGGUUCCGAUGAUAUUUUCAAUUAUAUAUCGAGAAAUGAAUUGCCAGAAGAAGUAGGAGGAUCAGGAAAAUCUCAUACUUUCUUCAACGAUGAACUUUACAAUGAGUUGGUAGAUAUUCGUGAUGUUUUUCUUGAGCAGAAUGAAGUACUGACUAACCAAAUGGCGUAUGUGAAUCAACAACUUGAUCAAAAUGACGAAUAAAUUAUAAAUAUAAUAAUAUUUUAAGAAAAAAAAAUUUACGACACACAUUUUAGUGCAAUGGAUCAAAUAAUUCAAAACAUUAUAAUAAUAAUAUGGAAGUUGUUGUUUAAUGAAAUUGUAUUAUAAUUAAUUAUAUGUUGUGAUAAUUAUUUUUA